AUGCGACUUGAUUUUAGAUAUUGGUGGCAAAGUGUCGCUCUCCUUGACAGCAUCCAGGAAAAGGUCAUUACCUUUGCUAAAACGCAAGUGGGAGUUCAAAGCCUCAGCCUUGAAGAGUAUCCCUGGGGACUUCCAGGACCCGAAUGUGAAUGCAAAGCCCUCUUGCCCAGCAGGGCGAGGUGCCCGAGUGAUCUUCACCUGGGUGGGAGGGCAGUCACUGUUUGGGUCCACUUUAGGGGCAGUCGAGGUCAAUUUAACUUACCAUUUGCCACAGCAAGACAUAAGGCCAAAAACAUGAGGAGGGGAAUGGAAUUUAUUGCUCCUCUAUCAGCUCCCACCAAAUCUGGCCCAUGGCAUUUUCUUUCUCAAGGUCACGAUGCCCAGAGAACAGUUAGAAUCAGGCCAGGCACCGGGAUGGGCUUGUCCUCAGAUCCAGUCGGCUCCUUGUCUUCCAAUUACCUAGCUCUGCUAACUCUCUCUUACAAGCCUGGGAGGAGAGUGACUAGUUCCCACCUAAACAUAAGGCCUGAAGGGCAAGAAGUAAGAAAGCUCCAGAAUUCUGUGGAGGCCACAAGGAUUUCCAGAACUGGCAGCAGUUAA